UCCUUCUCACCUCUCCUCCUCUUCAAUACCACUACCACCUGCAUCACCCGCAUACCAGCCCGCUAGGCCCACCACUACUAGCCCGGCCAGGACAGCUCUACUGCUGACCUUCAGGUGCAUCUACACGCGAUUCAGCACACCUCGUCUCGCGCGACCCAUCUGACGUCGUUGCUGAGCGAGCGGAGUAUCUCUCGUCUAUACCGAUUUCCUCGCACAAAGACAGCCUGCGGCUAUACUAGAUACAGUUCACAUCACACCCCUGCUAGAUUCGUGCGUGAAACGCUAUUCUUUCUCCAGUGUCCCGGGCUGGAGGCGUUUCUUGGGCGAUCGGCAUUACUGGGCCUCGACAGACUUGGGGAAAGCUCUUUUUGCCGCACAUUUCUCCGCCCUUCCAUCCCACACAACAUCCACCACUCCCAGAAAUCGAACAGCGAGAGCAGCUGCGAACAUGGCCGACGCAGUGGGAGGAGCAACGCCAAAGGUCAAUGGCCACAGCAAUGGCUUCCCCAGCGCCUAUGCAGCUAAAUACAACCUGGCACCACAUUUCAUUGGCGGCAAUGCUCUGCCGAAAGCACCUCCAAGCAAAGUCAAGGACUUUGUCGCAGCACACGAUGGCCACACUGUCAUUACGAAUGUAUUAAUCGCGAACAACGGUAUUGCGGCUGUCAAGGAGAUUCGAUCUGUACGGAAAUGGGCAUACGAGACAUUCGGCGACGAGCGGGCCAUCCAGUUCACUGUGAUGGCCACGCCAGAAGAUCUAGGUGCCAAUGCCGACUACAUCAGAAUGGCGGACCAGUAUGUGGAGGUGCCUGGUGGCACGAACAACAACAACUACGCCAAUGUGGAGCUCAUUGUCGAUAUCGCGGAACGCAUGAACGUACAAGCUGUGUGGGCAGGAUGGGGCCACGCAUCUGAGAACCCUAAGCUGCCCGAGUCGCUCGCCGCAUCACCGAAGAAGAUUGUCUUCAUCGGUCCUCCCGGGUCUGCUAUGCGAUCGCUAGGUGACAAAAUCUCGUCCACGAUUGUUGCGCAGCAUGCCAAAGUGCCAUGUAUCCCAUGGUCUGGAACUGGCGUUGAGGAGGUCGAAGUGGACGAGAACAACAUUGUGACUGUAAGAGACGAGAUCUACAACAAGGGAUGCGUCACAUCAUGGCAAGAAGGCCUGGAAGCCGCUCGCAAGAUUGGCUUCCCAGUCAUGGUCAAGGCUUCAGAGGGUGGUGGUGGCAAGGGCAUUCGCAAGGUGGACGACGAGACGAACUUCGAGUCGUUAUACAAAGCCGCUGCCAGCGAGAUUCCUGGAUCGCCCAUCUUCAUCAUGAAACUUGCUGGUAACGCCAGACAUUUGGAAGUCCAGCUGAUGGCCGACCAGUACGGCAACAACAUUUCCAUCUUCGGCCGUGAUUGUUCUGUGCAGCGACGUCACCAAAAGAUCAUCGAAGAGGCACCUGUCACGAUUGCAAAUGCGAAGACAUUUCAAAAGAUGGCUGAUGCCGCAGUAUCACUGGGGCGAUUGGUCGGCUAUGUUUCUGCUGGAACAGUAGAGUAUCUGUACUCGCACGCAGACGACAAAUUCUACUUCCUGGAACUCAACCCACGUCUUCAGGUCGAGCACCCUACCACGGAGAUGGUUUCAGGUGUCAACAUUCCCGCCGCACAGCUCAUGAUUGCCAUGGGUAUCCCUCUCCACCGCAUCCGUGACAUUCGCUUGCUCUACGGCGCGGACCCACACACUCAAACGGAAAUCGAUUUCAAUUUCGAAAAGGCUGGGAGCGAGGGCAAGCAGCGACGACCACAGCCAAAGGGUCACUGCACUGCUUGUCGAAUUACAUCCGAAGAUCCUGGCGAGGGCUUCAAGCCAUCGUCUGGUACGAUGCACGAAUUGAACUUCCGAUCGAGCUCAAACGUCUGGGGUUACUUCUCUGUCGGCGCCGCGUCCGCCAUUCACAACUUCUCAGAUUCUCAAUUUGGGCACAUCUUCGCCUACGGCGAGAGCAGGCAGGCUUCGCGAAAGCACAUGGUCGUUGCGCUGAAAGAGCUGAGUAUUCGUGGAGAUUUCAGGACAACAGUCGAGUACCUCGUCAAGUUGUUAGAGACUCCUGCUUUCGAGGACAACACCAUCACCACAGGCUGGCUCGACGAGCUGAUCAGCAAGAAGCUUACUGCGGAGCGGCCAGAUCCCAUGGUUGCAGUCAUCUGUGGCUCUGUCACCAAGGCACAUGUGGCUAGCGAAGCGUGCCUGGAUGAGUACAAGAAGGGCUUGGACAAGGGUCAAACACCGAGCAGGGAUAUCUUGAGGACGGUAUUCCCGGUCGAGUUCAUCUAUGAGGGCAUCAAGUACAAGUUCACGGCGACGCGCUCGAGCAAGGACACCUACACUCUCUUCAUCAACGGCAGCAAAGCACUCGUCGGCAUCCGAGCUCUAUCCGAUGGCGGUCUUCUCGUGCUGUUGGGCGGCCGCUCCCACAACGUGUACUGGAAAGAGGAAGUGGGUGCCAUCCGCAUGUCUGUUGAUGGCAAGACCUGUCUUCUCGAGCAAGAGAACGAUCCUACACAACUCCGGACACCGUCUCCUGGCAAGCUUGUAAAGUACACAAUCGAGAAUGGUGAGCACGUCAAGAAGGGUCAGGCGUUCGCCGAAGUGGAGGUCAUGAAGAUGUACAUGCCUCUCAUCGCUCAAGAAGAUGGCAUUGUCAACCUUAUCAAGCAGCCAGGUGCCACACUGGCCGCUGGUGACAUCCUGGGUGUCCUUCAACUGGAUGACCCGAGCAAAGUCAAGAGCGCACAGCCUUUCCUCGGCCAGCUUCCGGAGAUGGGCACUCCAGUCGUCCUCGGAACUAAGCCACCGCAACGAUAUGUGUUCCUGCGCAGUGUCAUUGAGUCCAUCCUCCAGGGUUUCGAUAACUCCGUGAUCAUGAAGUCAACCCUCAACGAGCUCAUCUCUGUCCUCCAAGACCCAGAGCUGCCAUACGGAGACUGGACCUCGCAAGCAUCUGCGCUACAUUCUCGCAUGCCUCAGAAAUUGGACAUUGCCUUUGAGGACCUCGUCAAGCGCGCUCAUGCGCGCAAGUCAGAAUUCCCUGCUAAGCAACUGAGCAAGACCUUUGAUCGCUUCUUGGCUGAAAUGUCACCUGGCGACGCUCAGCUUCUCCGCGCACAGCUCACUCCUUUGACUGACAUCCUCCACAAGUACAACGAUGGACUGAAGGCCCACGAGUUUCAGGUCAUCAGCGAAUUGCUUCAGCAGUACUACGACGUGGAGAGCAUUUUCUCUGCGCGACAGAACCGUGACGAGGAGGUCGUUCUUCAACUUCGUGAUGCAAACAGAGAGAAGACCGCCGAUGUGGUUCUUACCGUUCUUUCCCACACCCGAGCUAGUGCCAAGAACUCUCUGCUUGUGGAGAUCCUGCAGAAGUACAGACCAAAUCUGCCCGGCGUGGGCAACGUGGCCAAGUAUCUGCGUCCUUCUCUGCUGAAGCUUGCUGAACUUGAAGGCCGUGCUACUGCCAAGGUAGCUCUCAAAGCUCGUGAGCUCCUUAUCCAAUGUGCUAUGCCCUCACUGGAAGAACGCACGGCACAGAUGGAGCAUAUCCUUCGAUCGGCUGUCCUCGAAUCGAGAUACGGCGAGAGCGGUUGGGAGCACAGAGAACCAAACUUUGAGGUCAUCAAGGAAGUGGUCGACUCGAAGUACACUGUUUUCGACGUUCUGCCCCAAUUUUUUGGUCACCAAGAUCCUUGGGUAUCCCUUGCGGCGCUCGAGGUCUACACCCGUCGCGCGUACCGUGCCUACCAACUCAAGACAAUCGAUUACCUGGCAGAAGGCGAAAGCCCAUUUGUCCUUGCGUGGGACUUCGCCCUUAGAAAGGUUGGAGAAGCCGAGUUCGGGCUGCCAAUAGAGUCUUCGCACCCAUCGACUCCCGGCACACCUGGUGAGGGUUUCAGCCGCGUGCACUCCAUUAGCGACAUGAGCUAUAUUGGCCGUCAAGCUGGCCAGACUGAGCCAAAUCGCCGAGGUGCAGUUGUGCCUGUGCAAUUCAUCGAUGAAGCUGAUGAGGCUUUGAUGAAAGCACUGGAAGCCUUCCCGCUGGCGAAGGGCGCCAAGAGCAGAGCCGACCAAGGUGGACUUAUGGCUGAUCUCUCAAAGAGGCGCGUGCCACAUAACCCUACGCCAGAUCAUCCAGCUGAAGAGCUCACUGCCGUCUGCAACGUUGCAGUUCGCGACGCCGAGAGCAUUGACGACAAGGACAUUCUCUUGCGCCUUCUGCCAAUCGUCAAGGAGUACAAGGAGGAGCUUCUGGCCCGUCGCGUGCGUCGUCUGACAUUCAUCUGCGGUCACAAGGAUGGUACAUACCCAGGCUACUACACCUUCCGUGGGCCUGUGUACGAAGAAGAUACCUCGAUUCGCCACAUCGAGCCAGCUCUUGCCUUCCAACUUGAGCUUGGACGUCUUGCCAAGUUCAACAUCCGACCUGUGUUCACGGAGAACCGUAACAUCCAUAUGUACGAGGCUAUUGGAAAGGGCGCAGAGACUGACAAGCGCUAUUUCACAAGAGCUACUGUCAGACCUGGCCAGCUGCGCGAUGAGAUGCCAACAGCUGAAUACAUGAUUUCUGAGGCUGAUCGACUCAUGACUGACAUUCUCGAUGCCAUGGAGAUUGUUGGCAACCAGGGUUCCGAUAUGAACCACAUCUUCAUCAACUUCUCUGCCGUCUUCCCUCUCGACCCCAAAGAAGUCGAGGCUGCGCUCGGAAACUUCCUCGAUCGCUUUGGUCGUCGUGCCUGGAGACUGCGUGUCACUGGUGCUGAAAUUCGCCUGGUCUGCACGAACCCACAGACCGGCGAGCCAUACCCGAUGCGUGUCAACAUUACCAACACCUCUGGCUACAUUGUUCAGGUGGAGCUCUACGAAGAGCGCAAGUCCGAGAAGACUAAUGAGUGGCUGUUCCACUCGAUUGGUGGCACCACCAAGAUUGGAUCAAUGCACCUGCGUCCAGUCAGCACUCCUUAUGAGACGAAGGGUGCGCUGCAGCCCAAGCGGUACAAGGCUCACAUCAUGGGCACUCAAUACGUCUACGAUUUCCCAGAGCUGUUCCGCCAGGCUAUUGAGAACUCGUGGAAUGCCAUCGUUGCUCAGCACCCUGGGAUGCGCGAAAAGCAGCCCGUGAAGGGAGAGUGCAUUGAGUACAAUGAGUUGGUCAUGGACGACUCCGACAAUCUUGCAGAGGUGAAUCGCGAACCAGGUGCUAACAACAUCGGCAUGGUCGGCUGGCUCAUCACGGCAAAGACGCCAGAGUACCCGCGUGGACGCCGCUUCAUCAUCAUCGCCAACGACAUUACGCACAAGAUUGGUUCCUUUGGUCCGCAAGAGGAUCGCUUCUUCCACAAGUGCUCUGAGCUGGCUCGUAAGCUUGGCAUUCCCCGUCUCUACCUAUCGGCCAACUCUGGUGCGCGAAUCGGUAUGGCCGAGGAGCUCAUCCCACACUUCUCCGUUGCAUGGAAGGACCCUAGCAGACAGGAGGCUGGUUUCGAGUAUCUCUACUUGACCCCCGAGAAGAAGGCUCGCUUUGAGGACGGCGCUCUUAAGCACGUUCUGACUGAGCAAAUCACCGUCGGCAACGAGGUUCGACACAAAAUCACCACAAUCGUGGGUGCUGAAGAUGGCCUUGGCGUCGAGUGCUUGAAGGGCUCUGGACUUAUUGCUGGAGAAACGUCGCGCGCGUACGAAGACAUCUUCACUUGCACUCUCGUAACCUGCCGAUCCGUUGGUAUUGGUGCCUACCUUGUCCGUCUUGGACAGCGUGCUAUCCAGAUCGAAGGUCAGCCGAUCAUUCUUACCGGUGCACCAGCUAUCAACAAGCUCCUGGGCCGCGAGGUCUACACGUCGAACCUGCAGCUUGGUGGUACCCAAAUCAUGUACAAGAAUGGCGUGUCACACAUGACGGCAAGCGACGACUUUGAAGGAGUAUCAAAAAUGGUCAAAUGGUUGUCCUUCGUUCCCGAAAAGAAGGGCGCGCCAGUGCCUAUCUCGCCAUCAGCUGACACAUGGGAUCGCGACAUCACUUUCUUCCCACCGCAGAAGGCACCAUACGAUGUGCGCCAUCUCAUUGCAGGACAGGACACCGACGAGGGCUUCAAGGCCGGUCUCUUUGACAAGGGUUCCUUCGAGGAGGCUCUUGGCGGCUGGGCUCGCACCGUCGUCGUCGGUCGCGCCCGUCUGGGUGGCAUCCCAGUUGGUGUCAUCGGUGUCGAGACUCGAUCGGUAGAGAAUGUUACACCUGCUGAUCCAGCAAACCCCGACUCGAUGGAGCAAGUCACGAACGAGGCAGGUGGCGUCUGGUACCCCAACAGUGCUUUCAAGACUGCCCAGGCAAUCAAGGACUUCAACAAUGGCGAGCAGCUCCCACUCAUGAUCCUUGCCAACUGGCGUGGUUUCUCUGGUGGUCAACGCGACAUGUACAACGAGGUCCUCAAGUACGGAUCGUACAUUGUCGAUGCGCUCGUGAAGUACGAACAGCCUGUGUUUGUCUACAUCCCACCGUUUGGCGAGCUUCGUGGUGGUUCGUGGGUCGUAGUUGACCCAACCAUCAACCCGGACAUGAUGGAAAUGUAUGCCGACGAGGAAGCCCGUGGCGGUGUGCUCGAGCCCGAGGGUAUCGUUGGCAUCAAGUACCGUAAGGAACGCCAGCUGGAAACCAUGGCCCGUCUCGACCCAGAGUACGCCGAGCUCAAGCGACAAAUAGUGGACAAGAGUCUUUCUGCCGACCAGCAGAACGAAAUUCGGAGAAAGAUGACCGAGCGCGAAGAGAGACUCCUGCCAGUGUAUCUGCAAAUCUCCUUGCAGUAUGCCGACCUUCAUGACCGCGCUGGCCGCAUGAAGGCCAAGGAUACGAUCCGCAUGCCACUAGUGUGGGCACAAGCUCGUCGCUUCUUCUAUUGGCGUCUGCGCCGUCGUCUAAAUGAAGAGUACGUUCUCAAGCGUAUCGCUGGCUCGCAACCAAAGGAGCUGGUCAACAGAAAGACUGGCCUGCAAACUCUUGAAUCAUGGUCGGCUCUACCAGAUUACUACACAGACGAUCAAGCGGUCGCUGUGUGGUUCGAGGAGAACCGCAAAGUGGUCGCCGACAAGAUUGACGCAAUAAAGACUGAUGCAAUUGCUUAUGAUGUCGCUGCAUUGAUGCGUAGCCAUAAGAGCGGAGGACUGAAGGGUGUGGCACAGGUGCUAAGCAUGUUGCCGGUUGAGGAGAAGGAAGAGGUUCUGAAGUGGCUUUCCAAGUCAUAGAGGUGCAGAAUGCGAGGGAGGCCAAGAGGUUGUCUGAUGCACUUUUAGUACUGCAUAUAUUUGCCGGGUGGCGGGAGUUCUUGUGGGGUGCGAUUUCUGUGUUAGGGAGUGUUCUCGAGCUUUCACGUGUAGACGGCUUCGAUGUAUACUAAUUCCAUAUGACGCUGUACAAUUCGUUAGUUGC